UUUGGCUACCCCAAGCUCACGUUCCUUCGAACUUCGAUCCGAUCCCGAUCCCACUGGACCCACCUGACUUUCUCUCUACUCUCAAGGAUCCCAUCUUCUCCUUCCAAUAUGCAGUCCAUCACCUUUGCCGCCGCCAUUCUGGCUGCUCUUCCCCUAGCCUCGGCCGGUAAGGCCACUGUCAUCAACAACUGUGACAGCGGCGUCAACCUUUGGACUGCCGAUACCUCGCGUGGCCAGAAGGGCCCCCACUCCGUGAGCGCGGGUGGCAAGUGGUCCGAGGAGUACUACAUGGUCGGUGACGGCGAUGCCUCCAACGGCGGCGUCUCCAUCAAGUUGACCACCGGCAACGACUGCGAGGGCUCCAUCACCCAGUUCGAGUACACUUACAGCGCCUCUGGCAGCCCCAACCUCUGGUACGACAUCUCCAAUGUCAACUGCAAGGGCGAUGCCUGCCCUUUCUACUCGGGCGGCUUCCUGCUCGAUGGCCCCACGCCUGUCGAUUGUGGCCCUCUGACCCUUGUCUGCGACAAGGUCUACAACCUCUGGAACGACGACCUGGCCACUCACGGUAUGACUUCCGAUGAGGAUCUGGUCCUCUACCUGUGCGGCAAGGACGGCGGCUCCGCUGGAUCCUCCGCUUCCCAGUCUGUGGCUUCCUCGUCCGUCGCCGUCUCCACCCCUACCUCGGCCGCCGCCACGACUCCCGCUACCUCGACUUACGUCUCGCCCUCCACAAUGAUCACCGCGACUCCCUCUUCCCCCGCGGCCGACGUCGCCGUGGCCAACGUGGUGAGCACCGAGGAGGACGGCGAGGUUGUCACUGAGGUCGUUACCGAGUACGCCACCGAGUAUGCCACCGCCGUCGUCACCCAGUGGGCCAAGCGCUCUCCCGAGCCCCACGUCCACAGGCGUGCCCACCAGCACAACCACCCGCACUGGCGCAAGUAGAGUGCGACACUCGCCUGCUUUGUUUUAUUUUCAAUCGACAGCGUCCAUUUCUAUUCCCUUGCAUUUGCCAGAACUGCAAACAGUGGCAUGUCUUAGCGACGCCAGGUGUUUCGGCGCACGCCCGGCAAGAUACCACGCGCGUGUUAUAUUUGGGUUCGAUGGGAAUUAUCAGCUUCAACUUCAACUUCUUGUCCCGGACCUCACGCUCGGCGUCGCCUUGGAUCGCCGGGUUGGCCGGACCCUUCAUAUUGUGUCAAUAGAGGCCUUUUGUUGGUUAGAGUGCUUGAGGAGCAAAGGGACGCCAAUACUACCAUCUUCGACUCACGAUGACAUGACUUUUUUCUUUUUCUUUCUCGCUUCUCUGAAACAUAUACCUUUUAUAUAGCGCACCGGGGUCGUUUAUGAUGCGCUGAGCUUGGAGCAUUGUUCCGUAGUCAACCAAUACUAC